AUGAAAUCUGUAUCAGCUCCUAAAUAUAAUUAUUACAUAAGUUUGAAUAACAGCUUUAGCACUCCUGAUACGAAAAUAAAUAAAGUAUGCGUAUGAAUUAUAUAAGAGUAGGUAAAAUACUUAAUCAACUUUGAAGCUUAGUGGAGAAAUGAUGUCAGUUUAAAGUUAUUUAUAUGAGUAAGCUCAUUUAAAGGAAGAAGCUUCAAAGAAAGAGAUUCUUAGGUAAAUCAGAGAUGUGAUUGAUAAUCUUGAGAAAAAUAAAAGCUUUAAGUAGUUAAAUUAAUAACUCUCAAAAUUGAUAAUAGGAUUAAGAACAUGCAUUAAUUAAUAAGAAGUGUCAAGCUACAUAAUUUAAUUAAUCUAAAUAAUUAGAGAAAUCACCAAUAAACAUUAACACCAAAAAUAAAUUAUGCAUGAUAAGGAUAAAGCAAAUUUGAUGUAAAAAAUUCAUGAAUUAGAAUAGCAAGCCAAAGAAAAUCAAUUUUAAAUGAGUAUGUAUAUAUAUAUUAAGAUUAGAAUUACAGAUACAAAAUAAAGAAGCAGAGGAGAGGAAAAAACAUUAUGAAGUUCAAUUAGAGUAAAUAAAACAGAUAAAAAAUUAAAACCAAAUUUAACCUAAAAAAUAGUAAACAAAUACAAAAGAAAAAAUGGAAUUAAAAAACUAAAUCAUAUUGAUGUAAACUAAAAUUUAAACACUUUCUGAGAAAGAGAAAAAAUUAAUUUCAUUAGUAAAAGCAGUAAAGUCAAGAGGGAUUGAUGUUGAGCAUAUAUUUAAAAAUCUCAAUUAGGUUUCAAGCAGAAAUAGUAAAAUAACAAAUCAAGAGGAUAAAGAAGAGUUUUUUAAUAGUUCAAAUACUGAUUUUGCAGAUAUAUCUUAAUUUGAUAUUGGUUAAAGUAGUAUUAAAAGGAACUAAAAAUUUUUAUUAGAUUGA